UCCUAUAAUUUUUAGUGAUUGUUUUAAGUUAUUAAUAAGUGUAAAAAACAUUGUUAGGUUAGGAACUAGACGUUAUAAAAAAUUAUAUUUCUCAUUUAUGUCAUUUAAAAUACAAUACAGUAAAUAUGGAUUUCGUAAAACGAGAAGAUAACAAUAUUUUCGAUGAAGAAACCUACAAAAUGUACUUGGAAACUUUGCAGAAAUCACAUAUGAUGGACACAACAGAUUACCAACACACUGCAAUAUCUAUGGAACAGCUCCACCAAGCCAUGCAGACAUCCCUGAAUUCCAGUUCGCUAGUUCACAACUUCCAAUUACCAUUAUCACCGAGACAAAUGUCCACUCUCAUGCUAAAAACCAACCACAUCACACGAUCAUUAAAUUUCAACGAGCUGCCAUCUCAUUUACCAAAAAAUCUGACCAUGGAAAUGGAAUUGAUUUCUCUACCUAACGACUUGCCACAUAAUGUACGUCAUGAUGACAUGUUAACACAAAAUCUGUCCCGGAAUCUUGAUAUAACCCUAGCACGGUCGUUGAAUAAUGAUUUGGAAUUGCAGAACACUCUUUCGCACGUUCAAAGCUUACAAGACCAUGAAAUAUCAAGAAAUAUUGGUGCUGAGUUAAAUCAUGGCCUAAGUAGAGUCAACGACUUAUCACAAAAUAUUGGUCGUGAGCUACCACAUGAGCUUGGUAAUGAAAUUGAUUUAUCACAUUUGAGUCGACAAAAUUUGGAACCUGAUGUAAUUUUAACGCAAGACGAUUCAAGAAGAAGUCACUCUGUUCAAGCUGCCGUAGAUAGUCAUUUAUUGGAGCAGCAGUUGGUACAUAGGUUGGAGCAAAACAUGGCCUUCAGAUUGGAUCAAACCUUAGAUAGACUAGAUCAACCAUUGACGCAACGCAUUGACCAAACAUUAGCACAGAGAUUAGAUCAGAAUUUACCACAAAGAUUGGAUCAAACAUUGGCUCAGAGGCUGGAUCAAAGAUUAUUUAAUUCAAACUUAUUGCAUGAACAAAAGCUGGAACCAAAUGAACAUUUGUAUUCAGUGGCAUGUCAUAUUAAAUCGGAACAAGAGGAUGAUGGCUAUUUUUAUGAUAAUAUAAAUCAAGGCAUGACUAGUGCUGGAAUAAACGGUGAAAUUCCUCAGCAGGCGGACCACAAUCAGCCGAGUUCGAACCUCCAUCACGAUCAAAUAUACUCCUUAUAUAACAACCAAAUACCCAUUCCGGCUCUGAAUCCCAUAGAUUUAUAUUCCCGCCAACAAAAUUACGUCCAGAACUAUAUCACUGAAGUUUCCCGUGAAAAUCCUCAAAACUUGGUCGUCCAUAGACAAUUUGACAACUCGAGCCCGUACACGGAGGAGUUUAAAAAGUUACGUCAAGAUGGGGAAGGCGGGAAAAAGGAGUCGAAAAACGAAGAACCGAAGGAAAAUCUGAAACCAAACGAUCAGAAUAAGAUGUACUACGAAUAUUCGAAUGAUUAUAUAAUUGCUGAAAAAAAUGAAAACGACGCGAGUUCGAAUAACAAAAUACCGGAAGAGUUGUCGAUGGGUAUAAAGGGCGAAUAUGUUUGUUACAAGUGCAACGAAAUUUUUCCAUCGAAACGUCUAUUGAAACAGCACGCGAAAACGUGUGAGAACGGCGAGAACAGUGAAUUAGAAAAGUUAGGUAAAUUUAGUUGUAGCCAAUGCGCUUAUCGGUGUCAGUCGCCGGCGAUAUUGAAAAUACACGAACGAACACACACCGGCGAGAAACCGUACGCGUGUACGUUCUGUGAUUACAAAUCGGGUCAGAAGAAUAACGUCGCAAAACACAUACUUGUGCACAUGAAACAAAAACCUUUCGGUUGUCAAUACUGCGACUAUCGUUGCGCUCAGAAGAAUAACUUGGUCGUACACGAGAGGACUCACACCGGUUACAAACCGUUCGCGUGUCCGUUCUGCGAUUACAGAACGGUACAGAAACCAAACUUAGUCAAACAUAUGUAUUUGCACACAGACCAGAAGCCUUUCAGCUGCGACAUGUGUAAUUAUAGAUGUGUGCAGAAAACUAACCUAACGAAACAUAAACAGAGGCAUAUGAAUGAGAAGGACGGUGACAAAGUUGAAACCAAAGCUCCGGUCAAGCCUUACAAGCCGAGACAGAAGUCUGUCAAGUGUCCGCAUUGCUCGUACAGAUGUGUGCAGAAGUCCAGUUUAGAAAAACAUUUGCAAUUCAAACAUAGUGAUAUAAAUAGUGAUAAUGUUGAUAACGAUUGUGGUUUGAACUUAAUGAAGACGAAUGCAUGUGACAGUAUACAGAACUUGAGUGUUAAGAAGGUUGACUGCGAUGUGCCUCAAGAUAAAGUGCUGGAACCUUUGCCGUUACAGUCAUAGCAUCGUUUUUAGUGUAUAUAAUUUUUUUUCAAUUAAGUGUGACGAAAGUUAAUUAUGAGUCCUAUACGGUUUCCAUAUGUUUGCGUAUGGAAUGGUGCAAAUGUCUUAUUUUUGCUACAUAGUUAGGUGAAUUAUAAAAUGAUUGUGUGAUUUAAAUGCGGUGUACUUAUAACGUUAAUGCUCUCUUAUCUGUGUUUUUUUUUAUUGGGUGUAUUAUAUUUAGUCAUUUUUUUUUUUAUUUACACAAUAUAUUAUGGUAGCAUUGUUACAGAUUUGUAAAACAUUAUACCAUUUAAGUCUAUGAUGGCAUAGACAAUUUUCUUAUUUUUAUUCUCAUACAAAUUCGAUUGUCGUACAAAUGUUCAGUCGAAUAUCACAUUAUUCAAGCAAAUGUACUAUUAAACUUUUGAUGUCCUGGAAUUGAAAUUUAUUAUAAGCUAGUCAAUGAUUGAGGUUUCUUUAUAAUCUUGAUAUGUUUUUUAUCAAGUAAUUGGAUUGACAAAUAAUUAUACGUAAAUUUAUUUUUACAAUUAAUUGUGCUCAAGAUUGUUUUACAAUAAAAUAAGUAGACUCACGUUUAUAGAGAUAGAUGUGCGAUAUUGUAAAGCUACAAUCACACCUGUGUUUUAUUUGAUGAAUGUGUUCAUUUAUUAUAUUUAAUUUUUUACUAUUACUGUCAAAAUGACUACUGUAUAUCUUAUGGAGUAUUAAUGUUUCAUGUUGAUCGGAGGCAAGCACCAUUGAAUUUUCACAUGCUUAAUUUGUAUUGAGUUUUGACUACAUGAAAAUUUUGUAUUCAGUGAAAUAAUAGUUUUUCUUUUAAGUUAAAGUAAACUAACAAUAUAGAAUUUUUAAGAAAUGAAUGUAUAGGAACUUAUUUUGGUGUGGUACACAGGUGUGGCUAAAGCUUUACGGUGAUGAUGCAUAGUGAAGUGUGUUCGAUUAAUCCAUUUAAAGUCUGGGGACCUAGAUAAAGUCAACUAUGUCAUUUUUAGAAAAGGCCUACAAAUAUUUUUAAAUGGUAUUUGUUUUUUGAUUUAUCAAGUAAUCAACAAUUAUUGACGAAUUGAAUUGAAUUAUUUAAAUGAAGGCGAAGUCAAAAU